ACCGGCUGUCUUUUCUUGGCUGCGACGAAUGUGUUCUCCUUCAUGAUACCCUUUACCACGAAAUACCUAGCAUUAUUCUACCCUCUUUCUGUCAGAUUUAACCUAUUCGAAAUACCUAAUUCUUUCCUGAAUUCCUGCUGCUGUAUCUAGACAAGGUAAUACAUCAUCAGACCAUCAUGCCUCGGACACUGCUUCUGUGUUUCAUCCAUGGCUUCAAAGUGAGUAGUCAACAACAACAGCAAGCCAUCGAUGCGCCGGCACAGCAAGCAGCUAACAAGUACAAAUUUCACAAGGGGAACGAAGACACGUUUCACGACUUUCCAGAUGACCUGAAGCGAUCAGUCACUAAGCAACUCCCGGAUCAUCGCGUCGAGUCCAUCGUGUACCCUCAGUAUGAGACCAAAGGCGAGCUGGCGCAGGCCACCGAGGCGUUUCUCGCAUGGCUCAAGGAGAGGGUCAUGGAUGUAAGAAAGGCCAGCGUAGAGAAACCCUGGCCACCAAAAGACAGAGAAGUCGGAGUCGUUCUCGUCGCCCAUUCUAUGGGAGGAUUCGUCGCCGCAGAUUCGCUCUUCCUAGCCAUCAACGAGCGGGCGCAGUCCAACCCGUCAGAAGAUGACCCAAUCUUCCCCCUCAUCCAGGGCAUCCUCACCUUCGACACCCCCUACAACGGCCUCGCCCGCUCCAUGUUCGUCUACGGCGGUUUCUCAAACUACCAAAAAGUCAGCAGCGUCUUCAACGUCAUGACGGCUCUCUCGGCCGCGGCACCCUCCACCCUCGCUCGCCUAGGAACCCGCCGCGCCGCAACCUCGGCCGUGACGACUACCGCCACCCGUAACCCAGGCUGGAAGACGUGGCAGCUCGUCGCCGUGAGAACAGGCACUGUGGGCGCCAUCGCAGCUGGCGGCGUCGCCGCCUACGUCAACCGCGAGGCCAUCAUGAAGAGCCUCAAGGGCCUCAACAAGAACUCCGUCAAGGAAGGAUACCAGCAGAGCGUCGAUGCUCUCGGUCAGGGGCUGGCGUAUAUCAACCGCGGCAACGUUGGCCAAUCCUUUGCCUGGCUCUCAGACCACUUCACCUUUGUCGGCGCGCUCAUGAAGCAGAAGGAACUCAACCGCCGCCUCGAGCGGAUGGGUGCGCUCAAGGGCGUCGGCAUCCACGACUUUUAUGCGUCGCUGGGCGAGAACGGGUACUGGCAGGGUGGCUACUUUGUUCCCGAGCGGACUUUCUGUGCCGUGCCGGAGGAGAGUCAUCCUGCUUCGUCACUCUUCUCGCGACAGGUUCUGCCAGAGGUUGACGACGAGGUGGCGGCGCACAUGGCCAUGUUCCAGCCUGCGAAGCACAAGGGGUACGAGAAGAUGACGGAGCAGGCGGCCGACCUGGUGAUUGAAUGGUUCAAGAGCGAGGAGCCGGUCGUCGACGAUGCAAAGUUCCGCGAGACGCCGCCCGAAGAAGUUGCGGAGGAUGCCGAGGUUGAGGAAACGUUAGAGAAAGCUAUUUCGAACACCGAAGCACCGGAAGCAAAGUCGGACGAGAAGCUUGACGAAAAAAUCGACGAGAAGGAGGCGUCAAAGUCGACGGAUGACGAGAUGCCCGACGAGUCACCAAUCGACAUCGCCGCCGCCGCCUCGCUUGUGCCACUCCCCGCCGACGGCGAGGGAGAUUUGGUGGGCGAUAUCAACCCGGAAAAUAUGACCAACGAGGAGAAGCGGACGUACAUGCAGCACCUCUUCCGCAUCGCGCAGUCGACAGGCACAGGCGUCAAGGGAUGGCUUCCCGGUAUGCCCAGUAUGCCAGGUAUGCCGGGCAUGCCCGCAAUGCCCAACAUGCCGAAUAUGCCCAAAGUUCCCACCUCUGUUUCUUCUUUGGGCCAGGCAUCGCUUCCGAGCGUCAACAUCUUCAGAAAGUCGACACCCUCACAGGCACCGGCUGACGGAGAGAAGUUAGAGGCCGAGAAGGCUACCGACGCCGCCGGGAAUGUCGCCAAGACACAAGGUGAUGUUGCAAAGCCAGAAACGGCCGUCGCCGACAAUAAGAAGGAAGAUCAAGAGACUGCAAGCGACACUGUCGGCAACGAGACUGCCCAAGCGGCAGCAGCCACCGGUCAACUCGAGUCUCAGCCUGCCGAGCCGGCCGCCGACGACGGCAAGAAGAAGGGCUGGUCUCUGCCGAGCGUAAACAUCUUCAGAAAGUCGACACCGUCCCAGGCGCCGGCUGCCGAUACGAAGGAAGAUGCAAAGGUUGAGAGCGACAAGGAGUCCGAAGCGGUGGUCAUUGACGAUGGAAAGGUUGAGGGUCAAUCGGCCCCGGAAGCUGAGGCAGCUGGCAGCGAGGUCGCACAAGCAGCGGCUGCGACAGGCCAGCUGGAAACAGCUGAGGGCGGCGAUGAUGCGAAGAAGACGACAGUAUGAGGACGAGGGGCGUAAAAUCACAGGGA